AUGUGGAUAGCACGGUUUGGCGUCCCACUAAGGAUAACCACGGACGACCAGGGUCGUCAGUUCGAGGCAGACCUAUUCAAAAGGCUAACACAACUGAUCGGAGCCACCCACUGGAGAACAACCGCAUACCAUCCGCAGGCAAACGGCAUGAGAAAACGCCUCCAUCGACAGAUAAAGGCUGCCAUCAAGAGCCACCAGACAGAGCGAUGGACAGAGGUCCUCCCAGUAAUACUGAUGGGAAUUCGAGCCGCGACAAGGCAAGACCUGCAGGCUACCUCCGCGGAGCUAGUCCUGGGGGAAGCCAUACGGCUACCAGGACAGUUCCUGACAGGCAAAACCUGCCGGAGCCAAGAGGAACACGAAUACCUAAACACAUUGAAAAAGGCCAUGGAGCAUUUACAACCGAGACUACGCAGGCACGGAGAAGGGGCAACCUUCGUCUUCAAGGACCUAGAGAAGACACCCAAGGUCUUCCUAAGGUGCGACGCACCGUCCAAAGUCCUGCAAGCACUAUACGACGGGCCUUACGAAGUGCUCCAAAGAGACGAGAAGACAUUCAAAAUAAACAUCAAAGAGAAACCAGUGCACGUCUCAGUAGAUCGCCUCAAGCCAGCCUACACCCUAAAGGAAGCCACGGAGACCGAGACCAAAGACCAGAGACCAGCUCUAAUCACAACGAGGUCCGGAAUACAAGUGGAAUACAAGUGCCGCGGUCGAGCCCCCAGGGGGCUGACGCGACAAACGCGGACUCGCAUUUAA